GGACUGGCCUGCGCAACCUGCGCACCUACGUACAGCGGGCUGGGCGGUGCUGUGAGGCAAGGCAAUAUGCGUGAUGGCUGGCUCGUGGUGGCUGGCUCGCGCGCCGGGGCCCUCGCCAGGCGACGGAAUGCUGUGCGAUGGGAGGGAAGGGGAAGUGGGAGCUAGCAGGUAUUGGGCAUUGGCAGUGUGAAGGGCGGAACUCACGCUAGGAUGGAUGGCGGACCUGCCCAGGUGGAAAAUGGGAGAAAAAGCACCCCACUAGCGCCGAUUUGCGGUCACGUGGCCCCGCCGUCCUUUCCAAGGUUGACAGCUUCCAAGGUUGCGCCCGAUGUCUGCUGUCGACGGCAUCUUCUGCUCGACAUCUGCGGCCGCCGGCAACGAACUGCACUCGCGACGCAAGCUGACGCAUCCGCAUGUCGGUGGUCAAAAUCGUCCGCCGUUACGCCCGUUUUCAAUACACGGCGCUGCAGCACGUCAGCGCCUGCCUGCCGAGUUUGUCCUCCUCUCCUCGUGAGCUCCGCUUUAAGGCUGAUUGCUGCGGUCCCUGGCAUCCGAGCACGGAACGGCGCGGCUUCUUUCUCGAAUGCUUGGGCGCUUCUUCUGAUAUGCUCGCAGACCUCGCUUCGCCUGUUCGGAUAUACAGGGUGCAAUGUACAUGCGCCGGCACGACUAACAGCAUCGACGAACUCAUCAGGGCAUCAUAGAGUGGUUGGGCACAGCAGCAGGAACUCGUCUCGCCGGGCCGGUUACCGAUUGCUCCAUCAGCCCUGGAGAGGCUCUGAAGACGACAGCUGACAAGCGCUGCGUUAUUUUCAACUCCCCGGGCACGUCAUUUUACCCGCCAAAGACAUCUCAGAACGGGUGGAAUCGAUCCCACCACGACGGAUCGGGGUGAGAAAGACGGUGAGCGCGUCGCGCGUCAUGAUGUUGGUGUCGCGCUGCGGAGGAACUACCUAGACUGCUAGACUCAGCCUGA